AUGGCUUCUCCCACAGACUCAGACUCGAUAUUCACCACCAGCAACCCGCCGGUCGCACGCGAGACCAAGGGCUCGAUCCCAGCGCAUACGAUUGCGACCCCAACCUUCGGCCCCGGCGGAUCCUUCAGCCUCGUCGUGUCGAUACACAUCGACGCCCCGCCCGACACCGCCUUCACCGUCCUGACAGACCACACCAAGUGGCCCGAGUGGAACCGCUUCGUCCCCAAGCUCACCGUCACCUCCAGCCCGCCGCCCGCCGGCGCCGACCCGGACGCCGGCGCCCUCGAGACGCUCAUUCGCAGAGACGACGGGUCCACCUACCUGAAGAAGGACACCAAGAUGAACUUUGACGUGCACCUCGACCCGGACAAUACCGACCCGGCCAGCGGCAGGAAGCAGGCCAUUCAGGUCACGCUGCUGGAGCCCUACGACCGCGCGGGCAGGAAGGGCUGGCGCAUCGCCUGGAAGCCCACCGGCUACCCGGGCGUGGCGCUUCGUGGGGAGCGCGUGCAGGAGUUCGUCGACGACGGAAAGGGGGGCACCGAGUACACCUGCUGGGAGACCAUGUACGGCUUUCUGGGCCCCGUCGUGAAGCUGACAACUGGCGCCAAGCUUGAGAAGUGCUUCCAGUACUGGGCUGAGGAUCUGAAGAAGAGGUCUGAGGAGCGCGUCAGGGCUGAGACUGCUCCUCCGAUGGGCGAGUGA